CUGUAGCUGCAACUCUUUCUCUCUCUUUCUCUCUCUGGUGAAAACCAUGGCGUCUAGGGCUCGAAACUCUAGCUUGGCGUCCUUGAUCGUUCUCUCUCUCCUCGCCGUCGCCUCCGCCAAGGUCUUCUUCGAGGAGAAAUUCGAAGAUGGAUGGGAGAAACGUUGGAUUAAAUCUGACUGGAAGAAGGAUGAGAACCUAGCUGGUGAAUGGAACUACACCUCCGGUAAAUGGAACGGCGAUGCUAAUGACAAAGGUAUCCAAACCAGUGAGGACUACCGUUUCUAUGCCAUAUCAGCUGAGUUCCCUGAAUUCAGCAACAAGGAUAACACACUAGUGUUCCAGUUUUCUGUGAAGCAUGAACAGAAACUUGACUGCGGUGGUGGCUACAUCAAAUUGCUCAGUGGUGAUGUAGAUCAGAAGUCCUUUGGUGGUGAUACCCCAUACAGCAUCAUGUUUGGGCCAGAUAUCUGUGGAUACAGCACCAAGAAAGUGCAUGCAAUUCUCCACUACAACGGAACAAACAACUUGAUCAAGAAGGACGUACCUUGUGAGACUGACCAGCUCACUCAUGUAUACACCUUUAUCAUCCGCCCAGAUGCUACCUACAGCAUCCUUAUUGACAAUGUAGAGAAGCAAACUGGCAGCCUCUACAGUGAUUGGGAUCUUCUUCCUCCAAAGAAAAUCAAGGAUCCCGAAGCCAAGAAGCCUGAAGACUGGGACGACAAGGAAUUCAUCCCAGACCCUGAAGACAAGAAGCCAGAGGGAUAUGAUGACAUUCCCAAGGAAAUCUCUGACCCAGAAGCCAAAAAGCCCGAAGAUUGGGAUGAUGAGGAAGAUGGUGAAUGGACAGCCCCAACCAUCCCCAACCCUGAAUACAAGGGUGAAUGGAAGCCAAAGAAAAUUAAGAACCCCAACUACAAGGGAAAGUGGAAGGCACCAAUGAUUGACAACCCAAACUUCUCCGAUGACCCUGAUCUAUAUGUUUUCCCCAACUUGAAAUACGUCGGUAUUGAAUUGUGGCAGGUGAAAUCUGGAACUCUGUUUGACAAUAUCGUAAUCACUGAUGAGCCAGAGCAUGCCAAACAGCUGGCUGAAGACACAUGGGGAAAACAAAAAGAUGCUGAGAAAGCAGCAUUUGAAGAGGCAGAGAAGAAACAGGAGGAGGAAUCAAAGGAUGAACCAGCUGAUUCUGAUGUUGAGGAUGAAGAUGAAGAUGCUGAUUCCGGAGAGGAUUCUGAUGCUGAAUCCAAACUGGAAGAGGCUGAAGAGGCUGUUGAAGAGGCAGCAAAACAUGAUGAACUGUAGGAAGAGAGCAUUGCAGGUUGGGGCGAGGCACCAAUUUUAUUUCUCUUUUUUGCUUCUCAUUUGUUAGUUGUAGGAAGAGAGAACUAUUAGAGGGAAGAUAUUGCCUGAAUGUCUCUAUGCCGAACUGCUUAUUAGCUCUGAUGUCUUAAAAGAUCUUCAUUUAGCUGCUGUUUGAG